AUGGAUUGUAAACGUGGAAGUAAAAGUCGAGAUUUUUAUACAUUAAUGUUAUUAUUACCAUCAUUAAGAAAACUAAAUGCAGUAAUACAAGAUUAUAUUAUAAAUGAAAUACCAAAAAAUAUUGAAUUUCCAUCAUUUUUUUCAAGAGUUUAUCUCAAUGAACAAAACAUUCAUUAUCAACAAAAUUAUGAUGAAAUAAUUGAAAAUCGAUAG